ACAAAGUAGAGAUUCUAGAGAGAGAGAAUCGUUGGGACCACGAUGGCUGCUGCGCGACUGGCAGCUGUGCCUGCAGUUGAUAUCGACCCCAGUGGCGUAUUUAAAUACGUACUUAUUAGAGUCCGUAGUACUGAGGAAGGCAACGACUCAAGUGUAGAUAUAGUUCGAGGUUAUUCUUGGGCAGAAUAUCACGCUGAUAUAUACGACCACGUUACAGCUGAGCUGGAGAAGGGAGGGGAUUUGGACUGCGAGUGUUUAGGAGGGGGUCGGAUCAAUCAUGACAGCCAAGCCAGGAAGAUCCAUGUUUAUGGUUACUCUGUGGGGUUUGGAAGGGCAGAGCACUCGAUUUCUACAGAGAAGCUGAAGUCUAAAUAUACAGACUAUGAGGUUACAUGGUCUAAUGAGGGAUACUGAUCGCGAUGGCAUGGCUGUCUGAGGCAAACACAGAGUACAUCUGAAAUGAAAUGACUUGCCCAUCUUUUCAGAUUGUAAAGCAGGGUUACAUGGAAGCGAGGUCUGGAGAACCCGGCAAGUCGAUUCUAAAUUUGACUGUUUCCCCUGUCAGGUUAACAUUUUUCUUAUCCAGCUUUAGACAUUAAUCCCCCACAGAUUUCAAAAUGUGUUAUUUAUUUGUCUAGUUUGUUAACAGCCUAGUAAAAGUAACAUAAGCCAGGGUCAGAGUUGACUUCUUGUAACAUUUUUUAUUUGAAUAAUCGUGUUAAGUUAAUACCAUCUUGAUAUGUUAUCAUUGGAUUUACAUUGUUUACAAAAGUCCAUUAUGGGACAAAUUGUUUAAACCAAUAAAAGAAAAUGUUCACUAGCUUGAA